UAUCAACCUAGCCAUUCAUCCACGGCGACUGACACAGGCAAACAUGUCGACAGCUCAGUGCUACGGCAACGGGGACGGCAAUAAGCCUUCCGUUGGUGGGUGAAGCCGACCACUUUUCGUCUACAACGAACGGAAGGGUGAGGACCUUCCGUGGCGAGACCCUCAAACUAGAAAUUUGGCGCGUGCUCGUCGUUUUGCAAUCCUUAUCUCUUGCCAUAUCCAUCAUCAUGGGUAGACUGCCGGAGCGCAAAGUCGAGCAGCGCGAAACUGCAGGUGCCGGCAGCAGUGCCAGCGACAACUCCCAGUUCCUAGCACCUGAAGCCAUUCGCCGACCAUCACCAGCCAGACGGACGUUAUCUCGCAUUAGCACGACUUCCAACGUCCCCUACAAGGUGUACAAACGUCGAUUCUUUGGCCUCGCGCAACUCGUCCUGCUCAAUAUCGUCGUAUCCUGGGACUGGAUCGCCUUCGCGCCCGUCUCGUCCACGUCGGCGCAGUACUUCCACACGACCGAGACCAACAUCAACUGGGUGUCCACGGCUUUUCUGUUCGCCUUCUGCAUCACCACGCCCGCGACAUUCUACGUCUUGCACAAACAUGGGCCCAAGACCGCGAUCAUCAUCGCCGCCAGCCUCCUGCUCGUGGGCAACUGGAUCAAAUACGGUGCCACCAAAGCCAACAACUUCGCCGGAGUUAUGGUCGGCCAGUUGAUCAUCGGCUUCGCUCAACCCUUUGUCCUCUCCUCUCCCACAUCCUACAGCAACAUAUGGUUCAGCCCUGCCGGACGCACCACCGCGACGGCACUCGCAUCCUUAUCGAACCCUUUCGGUGCCGCGCUCGGCCAGUUGAUCUCACCCUUCUGGGCUAAGAAACCGUCCGACAUCCCGAACAUGAUCCUGUACAUCUCGAUCAUCUCCAGCGUGGCGUGUGUGCCAGCGUUCUUCAUCCCCGCGAAACCGCCCACGCCGCCCUCCGCCGGCAGCGUGCCAGACCACAUGGACCGCGCGAGCUUGACCAAGGACCUUCGCAUCCUCUCACGCAGUGUCGAAUUCUACCUCAUGUUCAUCCCGUUCGUCGUGUACGUGGGCUUCUUCAACGCUUUUUCCAGCUUGAUAAAUCAGAUCCUCGAGCCGUAUGGGUCCAGCGAGACAGACGCCGGGAUUGCGGGUGCCGUGCUCAUCGUCGUCGGGCUGGUCUGCGCAGCCAUCUCGUCCCCCAUCAUCGAUCGGUACAAGUGUUAUCUGUGGUACAUCCGGUGCGCAAUCCCAUUCCUGGCGAUCGGGUAUCUGAUCAUCAUAUGGGCUCCACAGUCACAUUCGCUUGCGUACGUGGACGUGGUCUGCGCCAUCCUCGGCGCCGCGAGUUUCGGCCUCGUGCCCGUGGUUCUCGAGUUUCUCGUCGAGAUUCACUACCCGCUGGGUCCGGAGCUGGGGAGCAGUCUGUGCUGGUGCGGCGGUCAGUUGCUCGGUGGUAUCUUCAUUGUCAUUAUGACUGCGCUGAAGCAUGGGAAAGACGCGAGUCCCCCGCAGAAUAUGAAGCGCGCUUUGAUCUUUCAGGCCGUGCUGGCUAUUUCCGUUGCGCCGUUGCCCCUGUGUCUGGGUCUCUUCGGGCGCCGCGCGCAGGUCAGGAAGCUGAGAUGGGAAGCGGAUCGGUAACAACGAGGCGCACUUUGAGCAGGUCGUCGAAGAGCUGGACCACGACGAGCAGACCAUUGAUGUUGAGCCUACGAGUCCGGCAAGGGGCAUUUGAGAUUCUGCUGCCAUUUGAUGCAAUGAAUAUAAGGGCAAUCUUGGAUAUUUAGGAUAGCGCGCAAUAUGGGCAGCAGCUCGGCGAUCUCUGAAGAAUCUACUAUAGUAGGCCACAAUUAAUGAGAGAACUUCUGC